UGAUCUACGCGUGGAGCCUGGGUUUAUCAGCCAGUAAGCCUGUAGACAGAAGCAGGGCACACAGUGAGAAAAUAAGCAAAAAAAGGGGGUAACUGUUGCUAGAGAUAAGCACGGCUGAAUCAAUCAAGAUGAAUCACAGCUCCAACGAGAAAGAACCUGAGACCAUAGAGCCACUGCGUUAUCUCAGUAAAACGGAGGUGGCGACCAUUGAGACGGAGCUCCUGAGGGACUACCGCUUUGGGCAGCAGCAGCUGAUUGAAAUAUGGGGUCAUGCUUGUGCUAUUGCUGUCACAAAGGCUUUUCCUUUGAGCUCCCUGAGCAAAAAGCAGCCCACCCUGCUGGUUGUUUGUGGUCCUGAGCAGAACGGCUCCAUUGGUCUGGUGUGUGCCCGCCAUCUGCGCAUGUUUGAAUAUGAGCCCACCAUUUUCUAUCCCAAGCGUUCUUCUCAGAGUUUGCACCAGGACUUCACUGUCCAGUGUGAGAAAAUGGACAUCCCUUUCCUGUCCUAUCUUCCGACGGAGGUCCAGCUGUUAAAUGAUGCCUACAAUCUGGUGAUCGAUGCCAUCAUGGGACCAGAAACUGAGCACAAGGAGGUUAAAGAGCCCUACGCUGGGAUGCUGGUGACUCUCAAACAGGUCAAAAUACCCAUCGUUAGUGUGGACGUGCCCUCAGGUUGGGAUGUUGACGAACCCGCCAAAGAUGGGAUAAAUCCAGAAGUUCUCAUUUCUCUGACAGCUCCCAAAAAGUGCGCAACAGGUUUCUCGGGAAACCAUUUUCUGGCGGGACGAUUCCUACCCUAUGACAUUCAGAAAAAAUUUGAACUUAAUCUGCCAGAAUUCCCCGGCACGGAAUGUGUUAUAGAACUGUAGCCAUUUAUACAGACCUGUAUUUGGAAUAACAAGAAUGUUUUUCCCCUUUCGUAUUUUUUAGAUUUUUCUGUGGCAUUCAGUUACUGACCAAUAUGUCUAGAUACUUUGGAUAGUUAAGGUGAGUUUUCUAUGGAAGCUUGUUUCUGUUACGGGAUGAAAAUAUACAAAAUAUAAUUGCAAAUGAAUCUCACAAUUCUGACUUUUUCUUGAAAUUCUGAGUGUAGAUAUCUCACAAUCCAGCAGUUUAAAUUUGCAAUUCAGAGAAAAAAAAAAAAAAAAUUGUUACUUUAUAUCUCAUAAUUGCGAGUUAUAAUCUCACAAUUCUGUUAUUAUAUCUCGCAAUUCUCAUUUUUUUCUCAGAAUAACUAGGAAAAAAGUCUGAAUUGUGAGCUAAAAAGUCACAAUUGCCUUUAUUUAUUUUUUAUCUUGUGACAGAAACAAUCUUUCAGUCCUAAGAGAUGGGUUUAGAAUUAUUUAUUAAAUUUUGCUAUUUUUUUUCUUAACUGUUGAGUUCUCAAAAUUGCUAUUUUUUGUCUUUUUAAUGUUAGAUAAAUUCAAAGUGCAUUACUCUGAUAGUGCCUCCGGUCCUUAUCUUUCCAGUCUUCCGGCUGGACUUUUACUCCAAUUACAAAUUUAUUCAUCUGUACUUUUUUGGAAAGGUUGUGCAGUAUAAAAUAAUCCCAGGCUGACAGACAUAUAUGUAAAUCAUUUUGUUUUUACUAUGCAUUGCUCAAUGUACAUGUGUUUUCUUAGUUCUUAUAGGCCGAAUGAAUAAAUUAUCUAUGUAAAAA